AUGGUUCAAAGCUUCUUCACAAAGACAAGAAGUCAUCGCGUAUCAGUUCGGCACAAAGACAAAGACCUGCCAGUGGUCUUUCUUCCCUGUGUAACAACAACCUACACACCACUCCUUGAAGCCGACUACAACCUCCACAAGUCAAACAGUACAUAUUUCACGGAUCUUGACGCAAGCCGCUCUCAUCUUCUGUCAUACCUUUGCCUUGGUGGAGUUUCUGUUGUCGAUCGAGAGCUCGUCGCUGAUGGCAAGCGGGGGAUAAUGGCCGCCAUAAUAGGAUCCGUUACCACAAGCUUCAAGAAGGAAAUUCGGAUCUUUCAGCAGUACGAAGUAUGGUCUCGGAUCCUUACAUGGGACCAAAAAUGGCUCUAUAUCGUGACGCAUUUUGUCCAGAAAGGAAGCGUCAAACAAGUUGAUCUGGUCACUCAUACAUCAUCUACCAAAAAGUCUUCUGCAACAUGUGCCGGGCAUGGAAGCGAGAAUGGUGGGCACAAAGUAGGACGCCCUGUUGUGUUUGCAACUUCGGUUUCGAAGUACGUUUUCAAGAAAGGAAGGUUGACCGUGGCACCGGAACGACUUCUGAGAGCUUCCUGUCUACUAGAUGAAAGUAAAAAGACUGUGGGAAAUGUCGAGACCGGUCAAGUUAUCGAGAAAGAAAGGCUCAGAGGGAUGAAAUAUGCCAACGCCUGGGCUGAAUUGGACUCCCUCCAUGAGGAGCUAGCCGGAGAAAACGAUAAAAGUGACCUUGUUCCUACCAUCGGCCACUUCGCUGACAUUGCAGGAUUCGGCAUCUCUUAUCGCUAA